GUAAUAGAAUUUUUAUCUAGUUAUAAAAAUAUCUAAUAUAUUUUUAGCGUUUAAGCUCAUUAGUAUUAUCCAUAUCAUUUAAUAGUUAAUACUACUAUUAUCCAUUUCGAAUAUGUUAAUCAAUGAAAAGACUUUUUCUAGGCUUUGAAAUUACACAAAGCAUUACUUUUCUAUAUUUUUCAACGCAUAGUAGCAAGCAUGGCUCAUUGAGUCCUGUUGAGAUGAUUCCUGUCUUCCGCAAUUCUGAAGAACAUGCUAAUAGUGAGAAUGAUUUAGUAUCAUCUGUUAAAGAAAAUUUGAAAGAUGAUGAAAUCUUAGAACCCUUAGCAAAAAAUUUGCGCAAUACACCAUCAACUACGCCUUACAGGGUAAUUUGGUAUGCCCAUGAUGGUGUUACACCAGCAAAAAAAUUCGUGUACUGGGCGUGUCGGCGUUUAAGGGAAUUACCCUUGGACUGGCAAGGUUAUUAUCGUCGUAUGCUUCGUCAGGAAGUUAGCGCUGCUCGCUUUGUAAAUCAACCAUGGGACUGCUUUAUGAUGGUUGUUGAUGGCUAUGUGAAAGCGAAAUGGGUGCUUCGAAAAUAUGAUGUAAAAAUUGAUGAAAGCUUGAUACAGAAGCCAUACAAUAACUUCUGGGAAGAAACGACUCAUGAGGAGCGUGUAUGGGCUCACCGUAGGUCACUGCAAAUGAAAGAACUACAAGCCUUGCAGAGAGAUGAGGAUGAACUUAUUUUUGGUGCAAAUAUGAUGGACAGAAGAGAAGUAACAUAUAAUUCACUAAAAAACGUCCAAACUGGAAUGCAAGGAGGAACUCCUGUUCAUGCACACGAUAUGCCUUCUCCGACUGAGGCUGAAUUAUCAAUGUCUCCUAUUGAUGAGGAAAUUAGCAGUGCUUUAAUGGGAACUAUAGACGACGACAAACUUUGGAAUCCUGUUUUACGCUCUAGAAUUCAUACUCAAAAGCAGAGAGACGAAGUCAGCUUAUACAGUUUUGAAGAUGAAGAUGAUGGUGAUUAGACCCAAAAUUUUUUUUUGUUUGAUAAAAUCUGUAGUGAGUCAUCAAUUAUAUCGAAAAUUGAUUUUUUAUUAAUUACCAGAAA